AUGGACACAUAUAGAAGAGAGGAUCCGGCUCCACCGACCUCUGUCAUUGCGGUCACCAAACCCGACUCUCUUCCCGUUCUUAUGGAUGAUGUCAACUACGUGCAACAAGGAGGCGGUCCCAAUAGGGGUUACAACAACAAUUAUCACCCUAACCAGGGGGGUGAUAAUUUCAAUAAUUAUAACGGGAACUGUCCUCAUCCUAAUCUCUCUUAUUCUAACAAUAAUUUCUUGCAACCCCCCACAGGAUUUAAUGUUAGCAAGGGUGGAGUAGUUGAACCUAUCAAGAAAGAGGAGAAGUAUGACAAAGGGAUUAUGAAGAUUUUAGAGGUGCUAGUGAAAGAUGGAAAGACUAAUGACACCAAGAUUGGGGUCGUUGAGGCAAGGUUGAACAAUCACGAGCAAGGAAUAAACACAAUUGCCACUGCCGUCUCGAACAUUAAGACUCAAAUGGAUCAAGUCCACAAGAAUAUUGAGGAAGACAAGGCAAAGGCAGCAGCACGAGUGGCGGACAUAAAUAAGAAAUGUUUCACUAAGCAGAAGAAUGAUGAAGGCAGCACCUCAAGAACGAAUUCUAGAGACUGCCCGACGCCCGGCGGACCGCCACACACGCCGCAGCGGUCCGCCACUAAAGAGGCAAAGGCGCCCGCUAAGAAAGAGCUCAUGCGGCACAACGGGAUUGUACUCUCUUUCCCGCCGAAGAAGAAGUUCAAGCUUGAAGAGCAGUUCAAGCAUUUCCUAAAUAUGUUUUGUAAGGUCCAUACUAACAUCCCUCUCGUUGAAUCGUUGCAGGAGAUACCUAGGUACGCAAAGCUACUAAGGGAGGCCGUGAUGAGAAAGAAGAAACCUACUAAAGCCGACCUUAAGUUGCCACAUCAUUGCAGCGAGAUCAUUCAACGGGAGAGGGCCGUGAAGCAAAGGGAUCCCGGUCAAUUCAUCAUUAGGUGCUCAAUUGGAAAAGGAAAAGUGGACAAGGCCCUUUGUGAUUUGGGGGCUAGCAUCAAUAUCAUGCCACUAAAGUACUAUGAAAAGCUCAACAUCGGACCUCUCGAGAUGUCUUGA